CACAUCGCAAAUUCGACAUCUCCCAUCUUGGGCAGAAAGCGAAAGCCCAUCACCUCAUCAAAUCACCUACACCAAACGUCAUAUCAUCUUCCCCCCUUCGCUCAAUAACCCACACAAUGAUCCUACAUUCGGUCUAUGUUUCUGGGUGUGCUCUGCUGUGUGUAUGCGGUAUUACGUGGCAUUGCUUGUUAGGAGGUACAGUAUAUGAUUACUGUAGGCAUACUGUACUGUAGGCAUCUUCCCCUCUCUGCCACCCACCGCCACAUUAUUUCACGUGGGAUAGGAUAGGAUAUUCAGAUUUGUGCUUGUCCUAAGUUCGCAGGAUGAGAUGGUGGAUGGAGGUUCCGAUUGGUGGGCUCGCUGUUUUCUGAAUUAGGUUGGCUGCAUGCAUUUUUGUGCGUCCUUUUUCCUUGAUCUCCCUUUUUUUUUUGCUUUUUUUUAUGGAUGGGCUGAUGAGCUUGCAUAUGUACUGUACAGUAGUAGUUACAGUACACCUGUGGUGUUCUGUGGUGGUGGGGGCUGUUCUGGGCUGUUCGAGAUUCGCAUAUUGGUGGGGUUACAGUAAUGUAAAAGCAGGAUGACGGUGGGUGGGAUUGAAUCUGUGGUGUGGUGAGGCCCUCGGUGUCAGCAUGGUGCCUGGAUUUCUACCUUAAGAACGGGACCGUUGGGUUGUGUUGUGGUGUAGGCUUUCACGAAUGAGGUGUGUUGAUGUAAUGCUGCAUUGCAUGGUGGGGAGUUGGGAUUGGGCAUCAAUGCUCGUGGGCUUUUUGUUAAGGAUUGCUGCGCUGCGCAGUGGGAUAACUCCAUGGGCUAUGCGGGGGGGUAUAUGUGUGAGUGUGAGGCAUUUUGAACUAGAUGAACUUUGUGUAUUUGUUUUGAGAUUCUUAUACAUUACAGCAGUGUUUCAUCACUGCGCAAAUUGAGGAUUGGGUUUGCGAUCAUCUUGCCAGGCUGAGUGAGGACAAUGUCCAGAAAGGAAUACACACCCCGAAAACACAGACGAGAAGGAGGAAGAGCGAAUCCCACCCACGAGAGUGAGCAUUCCAGGUCUUCAGACAAGAAACCAGAGGCGAAGAAAGAAAGCGAGAAGGGUGGGAAAGAAGAGGGGAAGGAGGUUCUACCAAGCCCCUGGUCUGAAUGGCUAUGGGAAUCCGAGGCAUGGUAUUACUGGCGAGCGAGGAAGGGGGAUAAUGGUAGGUUUCUUUCCUACUUUUGAUAUUCUAUUUAUAGGUGAUGGAUGAGUUGAGGUUGAGUCUAAGAGUGUGGCAGGGAAAUGGCAGUAUGAAUUCGAGUCCUACGGCCCACAGGCUUUAACCGAGUCCUCCACCUCCACCUCUCCUCCUACCACAGAUGCAAAACCCAAAGACAGAGAAAUCUCCUCGAAACCUGUGGAAAAUUUAAACUCGGCAACAAAUGGAAACGAUGGCGAUAAAGCUCCGGACGGUUAUCAAACGGGUAUUGAGGGACUAUUCUACAACUUCUACGCUCCAUAUCUUAAUGGCAUAAUGGACAACGCCGAGCAAAAACCUCCGGAACCACCAGCGAAACCUCUUAGUCCGCCGCUUGUGGACGACUUGAAAGAAGUGAAAGAAGGUAAGGCAAAAGAAGAUGAGAAGAAGCCUGAGAGAGUGGAACGGAGGGAAAGAGGGAGGACGAGGGAGAGGAAGACGGAUUUGGUGACGGAGUGGAGACAGAUGGUUGAGAAGGAGUCUGGGGGUAAGAGUGAUGAGGGGAGUGAGAAAGCUGGUUAGUUCUCUUUUUAUUUUCUCUCUUUUCUUUUUGGGGUUGUGAUCUUGCUUCCUUCUCGAUGCGGAGGUUUUAGUGGGUUGGUAGGAGUGGGAUUCUUCUGUGGGGACUGCGGUCAUUGUUGGCGUAAUUUUGAAAAAUGUACAUGUGCUGAUCCGGAAAUAGCACCUAAAUCGAGGAAACGGAAGGAGAAAUAUUGGUAUAGGGAAAGAUCUUAUUAUAAUACGCCGUCUUACUCGGAUUAUUUUACGUUGUCGGAAUAGAGAUUUGAGGUUUCUUCCGCUUUACUUUUUCUUUCUCUCCUUCUUGUUGCUAGGCAUUGGGCGGUAUCUUUGUGGUGUUUGUUACUUAAAUGUGUAGGAUAUAUGAGUGGAGUGGAUUUUGUCUUGUGUGUUAGCUAACUUGGCUUAAUUAAGGCUUGGGAUAUAUGUAAGGAAUGAUGUAUGUAGCAUUUGAUAUGUUAGGGCUCUUUUGGGAUAACAAUGAGUAUGAGUGAGUACGUAAUGC